AUGAGCUCUAUGGGAUACAGAUCGACUACGGUAAAGGGGCUCAAACAAUUGAAGGCGCCCGUGGAAGAUGGAACAGAGCAAGACUUGGAGGAUUUUUUGACAAGCUUGACUGACGAAGUAAUCGUCAGGUGGGCGGACGGAGGUGAUGUGGGUUACGUUCUAGAAGAAAACGCGGAGCCCAAGAUAAAGGAGCCUGAUCCAUUGACGGCUGCAGAAGAAGGAGACGCCAGAAAAGUCAAAGCGUACGAUCGGUUGAUGGACAAAUAUGAAGAUUGGAAGGACGCUUUUUGGGCUAACACUGUCGCUAUGUUUCAGCUAAUCAUGAGCAACGUAACUACGACAAUGCGAAACAAGAUCAAGUCAACUGAUGGCCAUCUGGCCGGCAGCAAGAAUAAAGAUCUGGUUUGGCUCAUGAGCACCAUUGACGACAUCGUCUCUGGAUAUGAAGAAGGAAUUGCGCCCGCAGAGCUCGCGCUUGAUGACGCGCUCGAGCAGAUCUUCAAGAUGCGUCAGAAGGGAAGCGAAUCAAAUGAAGCUUUCGUGAAGACUAUGCUACGAGCCAUCAAGGCUUGCGAACGCCGUGGAGGCCCAUUUCUGUGGACUCCGGCAAAGGAAAAGGAGCUCAAGACAGCUGUGGAAGCUGCCAAGAGCAAAUUCACCGCAGCAUUGGCCACAGGGACCGCUGCUAUGACCAAGGAACAAGAAGAUGACGUCCGACGCGUCAAGAAAAAGAUGAUCAAGGAUCGUAGCAUCGCCAUGUCAAUCCUUAAGCGGACUGACAAAGAGCGUUUUGGUGAUCUGAUGAAGGAGCUCUCUAACGACUAUCUGAAGAAGCCCAACGGAACCCCACAGGAUGGAUUUCCUAAAGACGUCCCUGGAGUUUUGAAACUUCUGGAAAAUUGGAAGCCGAACAAUGUCGCCCAACACGGUUGCGGCAAUAACAAUUAUAGUGCAAGACAGCCCUCAGCAAGAACAGGAGCGAAUAGGAACCCUUUGGCUUCUUUCGCCCAGACAGCUGGUGAAAUGGGACAAGUUUUUGCUUUCGGGGAACCAACGACUCGUUCUACGCCACCAUCACCUGUCGCCUGUGCAAGAACAAGGGGCACUACCAGAGCCAUUGUCCCGCUGCCAAGGAUGGAACGGGAGCAAAGUUGGAAGCUACUAUCAGUGAAUGAGUCCACCGAUCAUAUUUUCAGCAACCUGAGUUAUUUGACUGGAGAAAAGGCCACCACUGAUGGGGAAAUAUUGAGACUACACACUUCCGGUGGAACUCUCGAUACUACUCAGAAGGGUCAUUUUGGGGGAUUCACCGUGUGGUAUAACCCGAGAUGCUUGGUUAACAUACUGUCUCUGGCGCUCGUUGCGGAACAAUUUCGUGUGACUCUGGACACUGAGACUGAAAAUGCUUUUAGCGUACACAUUUUGGAGGGGCAUGUAAUGAAAUUCGAAUGCAUUGCUCCUGGUCUGUACGUCUAUGAUGCUACUUCAGUAGAUAUGUCUAAGCUUAAUGUAGCUUUCAACUUUUUACAAACUGUAGCAGACAACAAAGCAACUUUCGCUAAGAGGGAUAUUCGUAAGGCCGAUGAGGCGGUGCUGCUCAACCAAAGGACCAACCAUAUGGCGGAAGACAAAUUUGUACGUGUCGUGAAGGACAAUUGGAUUCGGAACUGUCCUGUCACAAUAGGGGAUGUGCGGCGGUCCCACUCCAUAUAUGGACCACCACUACCACCAGCGAAGGGCCGGACUUGUUACCAGUCGUCAGCGAGAGUCAAGGAGACCAAUAUCGUCCAGAUCCCAAAGAGCAUAACCAAAGGCUCCAUUGUCGAGGAGCUCAAGGAUAUCUUCAAACUCUACAAUGCCUGGGGUUUCCGAAUCACCAAAAUCCACGCAGACAACGAAUUUGGAAAGGUGGAGAAAGACGUCUUGCCGGCCCGACUGGUCUGCUGUGAAGUGGACGACCACGUCCCUGAGAUUGAAAGGUCUCUUCAGACCAUGAAAAAUGACAGUCGGUCAACAUGCCAUGCGAUGCCCUCUUUGUGCUACCCGAGAAUGAUGGUACAAGCCAUCAUCAAGACUGGAGUUGCUUUUCUCAACGCUUUUGGAUCCGCCGAACGAAGUACAAAUGGGCUCUUGGCUCGGAACAUUAUUGAAAAUCUUUCACACGUUGACCACAAUCAUCUUAAAUACGAGUGCGGCGAGUAUGUUCAAUUGCACGUGACUGAAAAAGUAACGAAUACAAUGAAAAGUUGGACCAUUGGAGCGAUCGUUUUGGAUCCAAGAAAUCUGACUGGACGAUACAACUUCAUGUCUCUGGAAACCGGAAGAGAAAUCAAUGGGCGAGUGACAACGGCGAUGCCUAUCACUGACGACGUGAUCAAGAGAGGGGAAGAACUCGGACUUGAACAACAGCAACCAUAUCGAGAAUCGAAAAUGCUGAAGUAUGAAUGGAGACCAUAUUCCGAAAAAACAAAAAUACAAAAACAACACGCAUAUCCGGGUCCUCAAAACAUCACUUUCGGUACUUCGCCUACACGAUUUUUCUGUAGCAAAACGAAACUCGCUCCUCCUUUUUGCAUCAAAACUGACAAUGGGAAAGUCGAAGAACAACAAGAAAGUGGCAAUCGCUGCUAA